UAUUAAUCGAUUAUAUAUUCGAUAAAUCGAUAUCCUCGUAAAUUGAAUCCAGAUUGGUUUCUUAUCACAUGCCCGAAAAGUGCUAGCUAAUUCAAAUGUUUCAAAAGCUAGUUUGACGUUGGUCUCCUAAUUACAUCCUUGUAGAAUUAUCGCCAUUUAUUUCUAGAGUUUAUUUACAGCAACUACCAUUUUUAUGGGUCUUCUACUCCGUAAAUUGUAAACUUUAUUUCUCUUUUACACCAAAAUAAUUGAUCCUGGAAUAACCUUAUUUACAUAGUUGUGCCAAUUCUGUAAUUGGGAAUGUCAUUUUAUUAGACACACAUGAAUCAGUACAUACAGAUCCUAUGUCUAUGCAUUAUCUUAAUUAAUUAAAGAGUUCUUUGAAAGAAGACGUGGUUCUGAUUUUUGUGACGGGAUGGCAGAAGGAGACGAUGUGUAUCUGUACGUUUAUGAUUUGUCAGGAGGAAUGGCCUCUCGUCUUUCUCCUGUACUUAUCGGCAAGCAGGUUGAAGGUAUCUGGCAUACGGGGGUCGUAACAUUUGGCAAAGAAUACUACUUCGGGUCCGGUGGUAUUAACGUGAUCGUCCCGGGUACUUUGUUGCACGAACCAGUGAAAAAGAUACUUUUAGGCAAGACGUUCAUUCCUGAACAGGUCUUCGAUGAAUAUUUAAAUGGUUUAGCCGAAUCAGAAUUCAGGGGUGAUCAUUACGACCUUCUAAAGCACAACUGCAAUAACUUUUCAGACAAUCUCAGUCGCUUUCUCGUCGGCAACGGAAUACCAGAAUACAUUUUGAAACUACCUGAGGAAAUACUUAGCACGCCAUUUGGACAAAGAUUUCAAGGAUUGAUUGAACAGAUCAGCCAGAAUUCUCCGAACUUGCAGCCUAUCCAACGGAGAGCCGCCUCACCUGAAUUCUACCAAUUGAAUUCAGACAUUGAAGCUGCUAGACAUCAUUCUUCUCUUCUGAGGGAAAAACGUAAUGCUCUGUGUGAAAAAUUAGCAAAGCGAGAAAAAAAGAAGAAUAAAAAGAGACGUAAAGAGAUUGGAAGUGAAAGCAAGACCUCAGAAGACAGAAGAAUGUCUGCCGAAGAUGGACAGCCGGAAGGAGUAGCCGUCGAACAGUUAGAACAGGAUGCGAAUACUCGACUGAGUGCUUUCGACGAGGAAGAGCGCAAGGAGCGGGAAGAGAGAAGAAGAAACAGGGAGCCACCGAUAGUGUUUAAAGAUGCUGUAGACGUUCACAUAGCAUUCGACACCCUGGUGGGCCUGAUAGAUGGUAAGUUGAACGAGGAGGAACAGCUGUCUCUUGAAGAACUGCACAAGUACAUGCUCGAGGACGAAGGCUCCUGGGCUCUUGGAGAGUCGUUCCUUGUCUUUAUAGGCAGGCUCCUGAUGGACAAAGAACUCCAUGAAGAUGUGACGGUGCAAACUCUCCAUGUCCUAGCAGCUGCCGCUCUGAAGGACGACGUAAUACUGAUGCUCCACCAGGACAGGAAACACCAUGUUCUUAUGAACUAUGCCUUUGACGUCGACAGGCAUCCUGUACCGCACCAGAGGGCUCUUACAUUGUUUAUCUGCAACUUGUUCGAGAACAUCGCUAGCUCUGAAUGGCUGAUGUACAUUUCCGAAUGGACGUACAACAACCAGCAGCUCUCCAACAUCAGGGUGACGACCAAGGUUGCCGUCAAUGCCAUUCUGUCGGACGACGUCGAGAUGCAAGACCGAGGUUCUGCUAUCAUCCAUAAUUUAGCGACCAAGGAGAAAAUAAUGAAGAAUAAAUCACUCCGCCACCUGCUGCCCCGUGGGUCUGCCUCAAAGGUGUUCGACGACGUCGCCGUAGAACUAACUAUGGCUGUUCUGCAGUUCCUUAGCGCUGACGGAAGGGGUGAGCCGCUCGUCUUCCGCUGCUUGAAGAGCCUCGCCCAGUUCUGCACUGCCUCGGGCCCCGACGUGCCUCAGCUGAUCCAAAUGAUCGGCCCCCACCCGUCCAAGUUCAAAGGCCAAUCACAGAGGAUCGACGAGCUCGUUCAGCAAAUAUCAAAUAGGCUUAGAUAAUAACCUGUUAUGUUAUAAUUCUACGUACGCAACUUGAAAAUAACUGAUUAAUGAAAAAUGUGUUUGUUUUUGUUUUGUUCUUUUUUUUUUUUUUUUUUAUGAUAAUUUGAAUCAUCGUCAGAAAGUGUGAUUUGGUUCAAAAUAUUUAUAGUAUACAAGUAUUACAAAUACUUAUUGUUGAUUAUAAUUAAAGCAAUUUUUAUGUUUAAAAAGUAUAUUUAAAAUUGAUUGAAAAUAUUAUGCUUGAAUUUAAUAUUUAAAUUAUUGCAAUAAUGAUUCACAAAGUAGAGGUUUUAGUUAGAUCACUUCACACUUUCCUCCUAAUAGUAGAUUUCCUUCUCGAAAUGAAGUAGGUUGUAGUUAUUUUUUCCUCCGUCUUCCUUUACCAGUUUAAACUUUUAAAGAAAAUAGAUUGAAAUGAAUAAAAUAUAAUUUUUUUUAUUUGCUAUUGUAUAUUACCCAUUAUUUAACUGCAUUUUAAGUUUUAACUGCAUUGAUAUUAUUAAUCAUAAAACAUAGUUUUAUUAUAAUAAAAUGAAUAUUCAUUAAUUUCUGUAAGACACCCUUCAAAGCGCUUGAAUUCAAUAAUGUAUGUUGUGAAAGACUGAAAAAAGAAUUUUUCUGAGUAAUUAACGGUUUGAUUUAUAUUUACAGGAUAUUAAGCUAUUUGUAACAUUGCAUGCAUUUAAAAAUUGAUGAAUUGUGCUUACUAUCCAGAAAUCUAGAAUAAAAUUUAAAUUAUUUCAUUGUUGCCCGACAUGAUUAAAAAUCAUCAUCUACCGGCAAACUAAUCCUGUGAAAAACCUUAAAAAACAAAAUUGUGAAACUAAAUUUUAUCAUUCAUGGUAAAUUUAGUUGUAAAUUUUUGCUAUUUAUUAUUUUUUAACGAUUUACCCCUUCCAAUCUCUAUUAAAAAUAAUUUCUUCCAGAUAUUUUUGUAGAUAUUAAAUUCUGUUAUUAUGAGCAGAAGGGGAUUUCAUGGCGCAAGGUGCACCAUCAAAAUUUUUGAGGGGAACAUAUUUUGACAGGUUUUUUUAAUUUUGAGGGGAGCAAAUUUCGACGGUAUUAUGAAUUUUUGUACUAAGAUAAAGGGAAAACAUGGAACAUGGUGCUGCAAGUGUAAUCGUAUAUGAUCUACUAUUUUUCUAAUUCUACCUUAACUUGCUCUGUUUUUAAGAAAAAGUAAAUAAUAAAAUAUCUUGGGAGGGGUAAGUUCUUGCGCCAUGGACCUUGGCUAUUUACUAAUAAUAUAAUUUUCUUUUUCUUUUUUUUUUUUUGGAAAAUAUCAAACAAUCAAAUACUGCUUUAUU